CGCGAACACAAGACGCGCGCAUCAAUCAUGCUUGCCCUCCGCCUCUCUCGCCGCCUCGUCGUCCCCCGCGCCAUCCCCCGCACUCGAUGGGCAAGCACAGCGGCGUCGGGCGCCGCACUUCGCGGGCUCAAGUCCCUCAACGCGGACGACCUCGCGCACUUCUCCAAGAUCCUCCCAGCGUCCUCGAUCAUCUCCACACUUCCCCCAGUCCAGAGCGCGGCCUCUGAACUUGACAUCUACAACGAUGACUGGAUGGGAAAGUACCACGGACAGUCCACGACCGUUCUCAAGCCCAAAACGACGCAGCAGGUCGCAGACAUCGUCAGGUGGUGCAACGAGAAGCGCAUAGGGCUGGUUCCCCAGGGCGGAAACACCGGUCUUGUUGGCGGUAGCAUCCCCCUCAAGGAUGAGUUGAUCAUCUCGCUGGCCAACAUGAACCAAGUCCGCUCGUUCGAUCCCAUCUCGGGUAUUCUCGUGGCGGACGCUGGCUGCAUCCUACAGUCCCUGUCAGACUACAUUGCCCCCCAUGGACACAUCAUGCCACUUGACCUAGGCGCGAAGGGCAGCUGUCAGAUAGGGGGGAACGUCUCCACUAACGCUGGUGGCUUGCGACUCCUCCGCUAUGGCUCCCUACAUGGCUCUGUGCUCGGCCUUGAAGUCGUACUACCAGACGGUACCAUCCUCGACCAGCUGUCGACGCUACGGAAGGACAACACAGGGUACGACCUCAAGCAGCUGUUCAUCGGCGCCGAGGGUACACUUGGUAUCGUCACCGGCGUUUCCAUCCUCACCGCUGCCGCGCCCCAAUCCACCAACAAUGUCAUACUUGCCCUCCCCAGCUUCGACAACGUCCAGCCUCUUUUCAAGGCCGUCAAGCAGCAGCUCUCCGAGAUCCUUUCCGCCUUCGAGUUCAUCGACCGCACCGCGUACGACCUCGCCGUCAAGCACGGCCAGGGUCGUGCACUCAGCGAUGAGGAUAUCGAGGGCGCCGAGUGCUUCGUCCUGGUCGAGACGAGCGGCGGUAAGCGGGAACACGACGAAGAGAAAUUGAACUCGUUGUUGGAAUCCCUCCUCGAAGCCGACGAGCCCCUGAUCAACACUGGUGUGCUUUCCCAAAAUCCAACGCAGUUCGCGUCGUUAUGGGCGUUGCGCGAGGGUGUUACGGAGGCCGUGUCGAAGGAGGGCAAGGCGUACAAGUAUGACAUCUCGAUCCCGCUGUCGAAGUUCGAGGAGUGCGUCAACUUGACGAGGGAACACUUACGGGAGAAGGGUGUAUUGCGCGACGAUGCAGUUACGCACGUGUUGGGGUACGGGCACGUCGGAGACGGCAACCUCCACCUCAACAUCGUCGCGAAGGAAUACUCUGACGAGGUGACGAACGCUCUGGAGCCAUUCGUCUAUGAGCUUGUCGCAAAAUACCGUGGGUCGGUCUCCGCAGAGCACGGCAUCGGCUCGAUGAAGACGCACGCGCUGCCGUACACGAAGGAUGCCAUUAGCAUCGGUCUCAUGAAGCGGAUCAAGAACUUGUUCGACCCCAAUGGGAUCAUGAACCCAGGGAAGGUGCUCGAGUGAGCGAGUGCCUACGUUUACGCUAUGUGUGGAGUAACAGAGUACUUAUUUAUCUAUCGUGCUGUCUCCGUUGACGCCAAACUGUGUUGCGAGGUUGACGUGCAUGGUAAGGUCAACGCCACCAUGAGCUUUUGAAUGCGGAUUCAAGCAUCAUUUUAGUUGUUUUGCCUGCGUACACCUCAUCUGCAAUCAAUCGUUGAUCGCUCGAUUUCGCUAAGCCGUUCAACACCAGGCGCUUUUUCUUCAGCCGGCGCUCG